GGAUUGGCCGGGUCAAGGAGGAAAGGCUAGGACCACCCAAACCCCAAAGGCCUGCCUAGAGAAGAGCUCCAAGAAGGGUCCAGACUGACAAGGACCCUUCAAGGACCAGAAUGAGUCCGAAGGAGCUUUCCCUGGCCAGGGCCUUCGGUGGUGCCCUUUGUCCCUACAGUAAGGACAUGUUGGAAUCCAGGGCGACUGGCCAGGCGGGGCAGGCGGACACUUUGCAGCAUAAUUGGCAGGGCAACUCAGUCCUCCCAGUUCCGCUAAGACAAGUUACUCAGGGGGCAGUGGCUCUUGGCUGGCGUCACCUGUAAUUACCUUAAUGGGGCAGGAGGGAGGUGCAACUUCUGAUGGCCUUGGGGCCCCGCCCUGCUCUGCCUCAUGCCUACAACCGGAGGAAGGGCAGCCUUCUCCUUGCUUGGGAAUCUUCCUGGAACCCUGGCAGAUCUCUCUACCCACCCUCACCUGGCUCUUCUUCUCCCUGCAGUCAGCCUGGGCUUCUGCCCACCACAGCCCUACCAGGAGCCAGAGCCAUCAGUGGCCGAACCCCCUUCUUGCCCCAUGGCUUUGGAUAUGAGCCUUCGGGACUCCAGUUAUGGUGUGACCCCGGGGCCUUGCGUGGUGGCCCAGCUACCACCUGAAGAUGUGAGUCAUCUGACGGAUCCUCAGAGCAGGGACCAGGGUUUCCUACGAACCAAGAUGAAGGUGACCUUGGGGGACAGUCCAAAUGGAGACCUUUUUACCUGUCACAUCUGCCAAAAGGCCUUCACUUACCAGCGCAUGCUGAAUCGACACAUGAAGUGUCACAAUGACGUCAAGAGGCACCUCUGCACAUACUGUGGGAAGGGUUUCAAUGACACCUUUGACCUCAAGAGACAUGUCCGAACCCACACCGGUGUUCGGCCCUACAAGUGCAGCCUGUGUGACAAGGCCUUCACCCAGCGCUGCUCCCUGGAGUCCCACCUCAAGAAGAUCCACGGCGUGCAGCAGCAGUACGCGUACAAGGAGCGCCGGGCCAAGCUCUACGUGUGCGAGGAGUGCGGCUGCACGUCCGAGAGCCAGGAGGGCCACGCCCUGCACCUCAGGGAGCACCACCCCGACAGCCCCCUACUGCGCAAGACCUCCAAGAAAGGGGCCGCGGCCCUGCAGAACACUGUCACCUCCCUGCUGCAGGGCAGCCCCCACCUCUGAGCAGCACAGGCCCCAGGAAGGACCCAGGUCACUCCCUGCAACCUCUUCCCCCCGGGACGCCAGUGAUCGGAACCAGAGCUCUCACGCCGCCGCGUCAGAUCCCCUGCACGAUUCGGCACUGGCUUCUGCUCACGUCCGGGAAGUCUGUCUUAACAGGCAGAGUCUACUCCGAGCUUGGGACGAUGGGCGCCUGUACCCGGGCAGGGGUGAGGCCAAGUGAUUAAAAACAGCUGCUUAGAGAGACAGGCCCUGUUUCCCUGCAGAAGAACUCUGGAGGUGUGUUGAGAGGGGAUCCUGAGUACAAGGUGGGCCGUGGAUCCCCGUGGACAGCAGAGUGGAGACGCCAGCACAGAGCAUCCCUGCAAACGCCUGCGGUGGGGGCGCUGGCAGCGUUCCUCGUGCCUGCGGGGCUAACUCUCAGGGUUCCAGGGGCUCUCUGCCCUUGAACAGACGUGUGCAUGCUUUCUCUAUGUGUCACACGGCUUUAUGUGUGUGAUUUAGUCAUGUGUGCGCGUUGCUGCACCCAUGGCCUUUCCACAUAUCACCUCAUUCUUAAGAAACCAACCACAAGGUGCCAAGGAGGUUUUCCUUUCUUUUUCUUUUUUAAAGAUGACAAAUGUACAGAUAUUAAUAUAUUUUUGGUGCCCACAGUAAGACUGCUUUAAAAGGGGUGGAGCUGGAUUUUUCUCUACCCACAUUGGUUCUAUUUAUCCUGGACAUUUCAAACCUCCUCUGUGCCUUGGCUCUGGGGUAGUUAUACAGACCCGUCCCGUUCUCUGCGAUGUUCCAUUAAAGACUUUCCGCCUGCCCUGCCCAGAAGAUGGACUGUUCCUGUCCUUCCCAGGGACAGCGCCUCACCUCUCUCUUCCCUCCCUGGCUCAAACUCCUUCCACAUCCUUCCCAGGGCCCCAGUUUUCCUGCUAAGCCUGAUGACAAAUGACUGGCCCAAGGCUGAGGGUGGGUUUUACUGAUACUCUUCAACCAGAGGGGAUGCCAAUUUGACACCAAGUCCAAGUCCACCAUCUGAAGUUCGAAGACAAGGACAGGAACAGUCUGGGUUUUUUUUCUCUUGGCCGAGUCAAUCUUGAGCAGCAGCAAAAUUUGAAACAGAAUAAUAAUCCACAUACCAGAAACUCUCAGAAGGAGCACGUCAGGGGCUGAAACUUCUCUGUCAUCUUUUUCCCUGGCUUCCAAAUGACUUUGGACUGAGCGGCCCUCUGAGGGAGUGGGUCUUUGUCCACUGGUGUGUCUGGGUAUCCUGCUGAGACCAGAAAAGGGUUGAAGAUCAAAGUGUGUGUGUCACAGGUCCAAGGAGUUCUAGCCAACCUGCAGAGAAUGAGACAGACCCCCAAGACAGGCCCAGAACAUAGCAGGCUGGGAAGGCCCUGAAGGCAAACAGAAGAACCCCUCUGCCUCCUCAGUGCAGUGCGCACACCCAGGGCCUGACCCCAGCCUCGGGCUAGACGAAGGAAUCUUUUUAGAUUAUCUCUGAACUCGGUAUGGACCAAUCUGAAGACUUGCUUCAUUUUUCCUCAGCGUGUCUGGGCUGCUGGGCCCGUAAGUUCUUGAAUGUAAAAGUCACUCUGUCAGGAAGCACUGUUUACAUCUCUGUGUCCUUAAGCUCGUUGCCAAUCCGGGGCCAUGAUAAGCUUUGUGUUGUCUGUGUUUUAUAACCUCCCGUUUAACUAGUAAAGUGAGAGAAUUUAUACUGUCUGUA